UGGCUACGCGCAUCUCAACCUAUCGCAUUUUUACGCCAUUAAUCCAAUUUAAAUGCAAAAAUUCUAUGUUCACAUGAUUCACCGUCUGUUUUUUUAGGUUUAGUUGAAUGUAUUUGCCUCAUGAUUGGUGCCUUUAUUUUGUAGGUAGGUCACCCCUGUUGUUAUUUUCAAUGAAAAAAGUUAGUAUUCCUUGAAAUAAAGAUAACAACAUUCCAUCAACCAAAAGAAAGAAAAAAGAGUCGUUAUGUUAACGGUAAGAGUAGUCGGUCUUUGAUAUCAUCUUUGACUGCUAUGAUGACAAGGCGACAUGCAAUGAUGCAGUAGAGUCACAUGAACAUGGGUUUUGAGUCUUCAAAAGAAACCGGAUGAUUAAGUUUCUGCAAACACUUUGAUCUAAUUAGUUAGUUUUUUGUUUGAUUCAAGUAAAAUUUAUAGUUUUGUCUAGAACUUAGCAAGUAUCAGUUCCUUUCAUGGUAAUACUCCAAAAGAUUUUUCUUUGUUGACAAAUGUUCUCUUUGGUCACACUCUCCAUCAGAUUGGUAAAUAAAAGGAUGCUUCUUCUUUCAUUAUUUUUGAGGACAAUUUCACUAAACAUUUUGUUAUUAGCGUGUUUCAUAUGUUUAUAUUUGAAUUUUAUUUGAUCACUCUAUGGUUCUUUAAUCACAUCAAAAAAACAACUAAAGAAGAUAGUAAGAAACAAAAUAAAAGGGGACUUAAAACAUCAGGGGUCAUAUGCCAAUUACUAAUAAAGAAAAGGAGGAAAUGGAAAACGUAACCCUGGAGGAGAAAGCGAGUGUUUAGGCUCAGCUCAAACUCCGCCAAAUAUCUGGGCAAAACUUCCAAAUCAAGCCUUCUUGUCGGAGAAAUGCAAUCGAUUCGUAGCAGUACAAGGUCGCUUCAGAGGAACAGUGUCUAUAUCUCCAACACUCUUUCACGUUUCACUUCGUCUUCCCCAAGCUUGUCUGAAAAUGAAUCGAGGAGGCUAGGAGGGUUUGAUUCAGCAGCGAAGUAUCUCAUUAGCUCGCUGACAAAGGCGGUUUCUUUAUCUUCCCCAGUACCUCAGAGACAAAACUUUACGUUUGCAUCGAGAUGCUUUUCCACCGUUGGAGAUUCUAUUCAAUCUACUCCUCAAGGAUUCUCUGUGUCAGCUCCUGAUUUGCCUCCGAGAAUCAAGUUCAAGCGGCUUGAUAAAACCGCCAAACAUAUCAUGCAGAUUGUAGACAAGGAGGCGGUUGAGGCAGUUAGAAAUGGUAGGGAAAUACCUGAGAUAAGGCCUGGUUACAUUGUUCAGCUCAAAGUGGAAGUGCCUGAGAACAAGAGGCGUGUUUCAAUCGUAAAAGGAAUUGUGAUAGCAAGACGUAACGCUGGUCUUAACUCUACGUUUAGGAUUAGAAGGCUUGUGGCUGGGGUGGGAGUCGAAUCCAUGUUCCCCUUGUAUUCGCCAAACCUGAGGGAGAUUAAGGUGUUAGACAAGAAGAGAGUAAGAAGAGCCAAACUUUAUUACCUCAGGGACAAGAUGAACGCUCUCAAGAAGCAUUAGAGCAUCUUAAUAAUCACUCAUUCACAUAAACAGGGUAGUUUACUCCCUUAAACAGUGUCUUUGAGGGUUGUUUUUUUUUUUUGGUGACGAAUUGGCCUUUACGUCACAUAUUGUGAACCUGUGUAUUUGAAUAAUGAUGGAUCCUUUUAUUCCUCUUACUUGCUCCAAUAAGUCUUGGUUAGUUA